AGCGCUGCCUUGAGCGAUGGACGUGCGUUAACUUCAGACAAAGAGUUUGUUUUUGCGCAGCAUAUGUACUCCUGUUAUUCUAACUUAAAAGUACAAUCAAAUGAAAAGACAUACAGAAAUGGCAGCGUUGAGCAAUACUACCAUGAAGACUUUGGAGGAUUUGACUCUAGACUCUGGCUACGGAGCUGGGGACUCUUACAGGUCCCUCAGCUUGUCCUCCUCCAAGUCGAACUCUCAGGCGCGCAUCAGCUGUCCACAGCGGGGCAAUUGGUGGAGCUACGCCGGCUCUAUGAACAGCAGAAACAGCAGCUGGGACACAGUGAACACAGUGCUUCCUGAAGACCCAGAGGACAUCUUAUCCAAGUGUCCGAGGUUGCCAGAAUUAGAGGAGUUCCCUUGGACAGAUGAAGAGAUCGACGUGGUCCUGCGUAAAGUUGCUGGAUCUUUCACUCCAGAGAGUGUCAGGUGCUUGUCAGCGCUGAUGCGCAGAGCUUUAUUGAGGAUCUCUAAAGAGGCGCAACGGUUGAGUGUCCUGCACUGCAGGUGCACACGUUUCGAGGUGCAGAGCGCGAUGAGACUCGUCAUGAGCUGGGCACUGGCGGAAAGUUGCGUCUCGGCCUCGGUUAAAGCCAUCUCGCUGUACAGCAUGAGCGCUGGAGAGGUCCUGCGGAAGAGCAAGUCCUCCCGCUGCAGACUGAGUCUGUCUGUCGGGCGCUUUUUUCGCUGGAUGGUGGACACUCGGAUCUCUGUGCGCAUCCAUGAGUACGCAGCGAUCUGUUUGACGGCCUGCAUUGAAAAUCUAGUGGAGGAAAUCGGGCUCCGUGUGCUGGCGGCGCAGAGUGGGACCCCCAUCUAUCCAGUGGGUGCUGACGCACUAGAGGCUGUCGUCAACAAUGAUGCGGAGAUAUUUGGUCUUGUGCAGAACUAUGAACAUCUCAUCUGCGGGAAAAACGCCAACGGUGAGCUGUCCCUGCCAGCCCAUUUCAGCUCGUAUGCUGAUUGUCCAGACUCAUUGGUGGAGAGCAGAGAGAAUGCCUAUGCCCAGCUGGAGCUCAGGACACUGGAGCAGGCCCUGCUGGCCACCUGUGUGGGCAGCCUAUCCGAACUCAGUGACUUGGUCUCCCGUGCAAUGCACCAUAUGCAGCGUUUGGUUUCAGCAGGUUCAAGUAUCAGUCCUGGCCAUGUUUUCAGCCUGCAGCCUAUCUCCUGGUCUCCAGACGCUCUUCACACGCUCUAUUACUACCUACGAAGUCCACAGAUGGAGUCCCUGGAGAACCCCAACCUUGAGCCACCCAGGAUAGCCCUCAGUAAAGAGAGGCCGUUUCCUCUUCUUCCUCCCCUAAUGGAGUGGAUGCGGGUUGCCAUGGUGCACGCGGAUCAUCGGCGGAGUCUGUUGGUGGACAGUGAUGAUGUCAGACAGACUGCUCGACAGCUUCUCCCUGGACUAGACUGUGAACCCAGACAGCUCAAGCCAGAUUGCUGUUUCACCUCCUUUAAGCGUUUGGAUUCAAAGGCAGCCGCAGACAAGUUUAAUCUGGAUCUUGGCUUUCGCAUGCUUAACUGUGGACGCACAGAUCUGAUUGGCCAGGCUAUCCAGCUUCUGGGCCCAGAUGGGGUGAACAGUAUGGAUGACCAGGGCAUGACUCCUCUGAUGUACGCCUGCUCAGCAGGGGACGAGGCUCUGGUGCACAUGCUCAUCGAUGCCAGUGCGAACCUGGACAUGGCAGUGCCUAACUGUUCACCAAAACAUCCCUCUGUCCAUCCUGAGAGCCGCAGUUGGGUUGCUCUUACCUUUGCAGUGCUACAUGGACAGAUAUCUGUAGUGCAGCUCCUGUUAGAUGUGGGAGCAGAUGUGGAAGGUUCAGCCAUGAGGAACGGCCACCACAGCUCAGCAGAAACGCCCCUCCAGCUGGCAUCAGCCGCAGGGAACUAUGAGAUGGUGAGUCUGCUGUUAUCCCGUGGUGCGGACCCGAUGCUGAGGGUGGAUCUGACAUCUUCACUCUAUGAGGGCAUGAACUGCUUUAGUCAUGCUGCCGCGCAUGGACACAGGAACGUGUUGAGAAAGCUAUUGAGUCAGCCACAGCAGCUGCAGGAGGACGUGCUUUCUCUGGAAGAGAUCCUGGCAGAGGGAGUGGAGGAGCAGGAGGAUCAAAAACAGUGGGGCAGGACAGAUAGAAAGCCUGUACACAUUCCCGGUGAUGGAGGCACUCCACGACUCUGUAAGGCCCGCAUUAGAGCUCUGCAGGAAGCCAGCCUGCACAGCGCAGAGCACGGAUACCUGGACGUCACCAUGGAGCUCAGGGCACUGGGAGUCCCAUGGAAGCUGCAUGUAUGGCUAGAGUCUUUGUGUAGUGCUCAGCUCCAGUCCAGGGCUGAGCUUACUCUUUCUCUCCUCAAAGACUUCACCAAUAUUGGGCAUGAAAAAUACUGUGAGGAGCUGCUCUCAGAUGUUCUUCCACUCCUCUUUUCCAUUCUUAAAAGCAGCCAGAGUAAGGAAAUCCGCAAGCAGCUGGCAGCCAUCUUUAGCCACUGUGUUUGCGCUACAGUCUCCCCGUGUAUUCCAGCAAUAAAGGACACACCUACAGCUCAGCUGGAUGCUCAUUUUCUGAAUAACACAGAGAUGUCUGAUGUAACAUUUGUGGUGGAGGGAAGGCCGUUUUAUGCCCACAGAGUUCUCCUCAUGUCAGUUUCACAGAGAUUCAAAGACUUGCUGAGACUCUACAGACAUAAUGGCGCAUCAGAUCACAUGGUCAUUGAAAUUACUGACCUAAAGCACAGCACUUUCCAGAUGAUGAUGGCUCAUCUGUACUGUGGAGGAGCAGAACAUUUAGAAGUAUCUGUCCCUGAUUUGCUGGAGCUUCUGCCUGUGGCCCACUCAUUCCAACUUCCUGUUUUAAAGAGACAAUGUGAAAUCAUCUGCUCAGAGAAAUUACACUUCAGCAAUGCUGUGAACAUCUACCAAACUGCCAAGGUUAGUGAAGCGGUAGAGCUGGCGGUAUUCUGUGAAGGCUUCUUCCUGCAGAACAUGGUGGCUCUUUUGGACUGUGAGCAGUUUGAGGAGCUUGUGUUAGGCUCUGACUGCAGCACUGAUGCUCUGGAUGGACUGCAAGCUACACUAGUCUCAAGGUUGUACUCACUUUGUGGCCCGUGUAGAGGUUGAACGUGUUGGGAAAAAACAUGGGAAUUUAACAGAAAUGGCUUUUAUACUGUUAUUUGGAAAACACUGUGACAAAGCUCAGAUACCAACACAGAGUUUAGAUGUUCUUAGUCCUCUAGAUGGCAUCCUAUCCUUUUUAAAUAAGUGUGUAUUUAUGAUGAAUUUAAGGCUUAAAAGGAUGACAUUCAGUGUUUCAUUGUUUCCUUAAGCAUCUGGUUACUGAUUUUCCAUGAAUACUGAAUUUAAAUAUGGAUUUAUGAUGUGUUUUUGUCAUACCUCUGUAUUUGGGGAUCACAUUCUUUUUGUUCUGUUUUGUCCUAUUUUGAGUUUCAAAACCCACUGUAUGUUGCAGCCUUAACGCCCUCUAGUGGUUAAUGCAGUCCUUAACUCGCAUCCAAGUGCAGUAGUUUGAGACAUGUACAUAUUAGUAAUGUAGAUACUUUUGUAUACUCACUUUAUGCAUCACUUUAAAGUGUAAAUAUAUUUCUAAUAUGCAAUGGUAUUGGGAUACAUUGGGAUCAAUAUAAAUUGUUUGAUAUUACAGUUUUCAUGCAAUAUUAGAAUGAUACCAGUGUUCUUGAUAUUACCAAUAAAA